UGGACCCCCCCCCCUCCCCCCGGGGUCGUUGGUUGGACCCCCCCCCACCCCGACCUCCUUUUGCCACACGCUGCCGCCCGCCGCGGAUUUCACGGUGAAACAUGCGGCGCCUCUUGCUGGUGUCGAACUCGACGCUGCACGGCGGCGGAUACCUGGACCACUGCGAGCAGCAGCUGCGAGACUUCUUGGGGAGCGCUGUAAGCAGGGUGCUCUUCAUUCCGUACGCCCUGCAGGAUCACGAUGCCUACACCACCACGGCCAGGACAAAAUUUCAAAGUUUGGGUUACGAAAUCGACGGCAUUCACAAAGCAGAGGAUCCUGUGGAAGCAGUGAAAAAUGCCCAAGGCAUAUUUAUAGGUGGAGGAAACACUUUCCGCCUUUUGAAAAUGCUAUACGACAAAAGACUCGUUGCCGAGAUUAGGAAACGUGUCCUUGAGGAUGGCAUUCCCUACAUUGGCUCCAGCGCUGGUACAAACGUUGCAACAGUCGGCAUCAACACAACCAAUGACAUGCCCAUCGUGUACCCUCCUUCACUCAAUGCUCUCGAUUUGGUGCCCUUCAACAUCAACCCACACUACCUGGACACUGACCUCAACAGCAAGCACAUGGGGGAAACUCGACAGCAGAGAAUUGUGCAAUAUCAUGAGGAGCCUGACACCCCACCUGUACUGGCUUUGCGUGAAGGUUGCAUGUUGCUCGUGGAGGGUGACAAAGCCACACUGCUCGGCUGUACUAAAGCACGACUUUUUUUAAGAUCGAAGGAACCCACAGAGCACGAUGUUGGCACAGACUUCAGCUUCCUGCUGGCCCAUAAAUGAGCAUUGCAUCACUUCUCUGAAAACAUCACUGCUUUCAUAACUCCCCAUCAAUUAUCCGACAGGAACAAUCCAACCAGUGUCACACUAUGCAUAGCCAGUAUCAAAUCAUCUAUGCCGUAAGAUACAAUUAAAGUAGGCUGCAGUUUCCACUUGUGUAGUUUCUCGGUUGUUUAUGCUAAUGGUGUUUACAUUUAUUUUGAAAUGAAAUUCAUCAACCAAUCUUGAAUUGCUAUAUUUUUGGAGUUUAAGGAAUGUUCAUUGCUAAACACUAUAAUUAUCAUUUUUUCAAUACGUUAUUUUGAAACUAAUACGUUUAUUGCUGUACAGCAGUUUGCACCAAAAUGAGAUUGUUGUAUUCAAAGGCUGUUUACGGAUGUUAUACGUGGUGUAAUACUUAAAACAUACAUUGAAACAACGUACAAUUAUAGUUUUUAAAUCCUUGACAUUAUUUACAUAUGACAUACACCUUUUAGACUUAAAUUCAUGUUUAAUAACUCUCAAAUCAAUGUUUAUUACUGUUAAUACUGAUUUUGGACACAAGCACAGUAAAACGUUCAUAUUCCAGAGAAAGCAAAAAUGAGUGAACAUUCUGUUUAGUUUCAGCAGAUUUGUAACUGUUUACAGUUGAGUUGCAAGUCCAAAUUAUCUAAAUAAUGCAUGUGGCAACAAGCACUUUCUUAAAAAAAUUAAUUCACAUAAAUUACAGUGCAUUCCGAAUUGAUUAAAGUGUAUUCUCUAUAACUUGGUGAAUGGAAAUGUGGUAUCAUGCGAUUCUUUAAUUCUUGUGAAAUAAAAUGUACAAUUAAAAAAAGUA